AGGAAGAUGCGAAAAAACCGGAGAAAGCGCAUGCAGAGACGGCAGAGCUUUGUUAUGGUUAAAGGAGCUGCCCUUCUACUCCAAGAUGAGGGUGAGCCAGAAGAGGAUAAAGAACCAGAACCCUCACAGACUGCAGGCCCUAGUGAACAGCAGCUUCACUUACAAGCGAUGCUGAGACUUCUUCGGGAGGAAGACACUUUAAAAUUGGCUGUCCGCUUGGAGCCUGUCCGGUCCUGUCUAACCAGAUAUCUGUUGGUGGUUUCCUCUGUGGGAAGAGCCAAUGAGGAACAGACCAUUCUGCUGGGUGUCGACUUUCCCCACAAUGGGUCCAAUGGCUGCACAAUUGGCAAUGUUGUGCCAAUAUGGAGUAAUACACAGGUCUUCAUAGAUGGAGAUGGUGGAUUCAGCGUUACAAUCGGGAUGGAUGUCCGAUCAUUUAAGCCUAUAUCUGUUCAAACAAUGUGGUCCCUACUUCAGAUGCUCCACAAAGCCUGCGAAGCUGCAGAGUCUUAUAACUAUAUCCCAGGCAACAGUGUCCAUUCUGGGCUGGCAUAUUACCAGGACCAUCGUCGCUCACCCCAGGGCUGUAUUAACGCUUGGAUGGCCACAACAGACUUAACGUCUAUCUGCAGAGAUGCCACCACACAAGAAAGAGAGGAGACUGAGAAGAUCAUCCGAAAAAAGCUGCGAGAUAUCUUGAGAGAAAGCGACCUUGAGAAUAUAACGUCUAAGCAGGUCCGGAAUGCUCUAGAGCAGCACACUAAUUGCAACCUGCAGCAGUACACAGAGUUCAUUGACAAUGAGAUGAUUAUAAUCUUGGCGCAAAUGGACCGACCCUUCAGAGAUCUUCCCCUACUUAUACUUGGGUUCAGAAUGGAAUGCUUCAAAUCUGGAAGAACUUCAGAAGAACAAGGUUACACAUAUACUUAACGUCACCCGAGAAAUCGACAACUUCUUUCCUGAAACGUUUAAAUAUCUAAAUAUUCGAGUUUUAGAUGAAGAGAGCACCAACCUUCUACCAUAUUGGAAAGAGACCCAUAUCUUUAUUUCCACUGCUAAACGCCAGAAUACUUCCGUCCUUGUACAUUGCAAGAUGGGGGUGUCUCGCUCGGCCUCCACAGUGAUUGCUUAUGCCAUGAAGGAAUACGAGUGGACGUUGGAACAAGCUUUGAAACACGUCAAAGAAAGAAGGAGCAUCGUCCAACCGAAUGCUGGAUUCCUGCGACAGCUGCAGACAUACCAGGGCAUCUUAGGAGCAAGUAAGCAGCGCCACAGUUAUUUGUGGGACCCCAGCUCUGCACCUGCCAUUUCAAGGUACCCUAGCCCCCCAGAUUCUCUAGCUACACUACCUUCUGCCCCUAAAAAGAUGAACCUGCGUUUUCUUAUGAGGUCUAUCAGUGAGAUGGAGGUUACUGACUCCACCCCUGAGUUGAAAGACAGGCCAACAGAAAGAGAGCGGAGUGCCUCUGAGAGGGGCAACGGCCAACUGGAAGACUUUGACAGUGUGCCCGAAAAAGAGGACAGCCUAUCAAACCAACUGGAUAGUCUGUCAUCCCUGGAUGACAGCUUGCUAGAGCGAAACGAUAGUUCAAUGGAUCAAGACCAGAGCGAAGUGUAUCCAGAUGACCAAGAUGGAGAAUUGGCAGAAUCCUCCACAAAGAAAAAAACCAAAUGUGCGGCAUUGCACGAGGAGAGUACGUCAUUGGAUGAGGUGUUUUGUUUCUCCAUCUCUGUCUCCUCGCCCUCAGUCCUCAUCAGCCCGUAGAAGAUCAAGACGCAAAAAGAAGCUUCAGGCCCAGCAGUCAGUAGAGGAAACACGGGCAGGCCUAUCAUCAAAGUCAGAAUCUGUGGCAGUGCUUGAAGACGCAGGACUUGUAUCUAAGCGUUUGCAGGAGGUAGAGCAACAAGGCCGCAAAUCUCGGAUCAUGCGACAGAGCAAUAUUGGAGAGAUGCCAGAGGAAUCGUAG